GUGCUGAAGUUAUCCAUGUCGGGAGAGCGCACCGCGAGUCCAACCUCUCCACGCUCGGGAGCGCAAAGGAAAAUGUUGCACUAAUCUAUUCUUGAGGCUCCACAGACGUCUUUAGUAGGUUAUCGACAAGAUCUCAUUCACUGUCAUCCUCUUUUAUCCACAGAAAGCAUCGCCAAGCGCCGAUGCAUCGAUGAUUUUCCCCGGGAAACUAACAAACGUCCUCCUGCUGGUGCUCCUGGCAGCGCAAGGCUGUUUUUCAUCUAAGGCAGAGGACAGAUUAUUUCGGAGGUUGUUCCGCAGGUACAACCAGUUCAUCCGACCAGUGGAGAAUGUAUCUGAUCCGGUCACAGUGGAGUUCGAGGUGUCCAUAUCUCAACUAGUCAAAGUGGAUGAGGUGAAUCAAAUUAUGGAAACCAAUCUGUGGCUCAGACAUGUCUGGAAUGACUACAAACUGAGAUGGAUCCCUGUUGAGUACGACGGCAUUGAGUUCAUACGAGUUCCAUCCAAUAAGAUUUGGAGGCCAGACAUUGUUUUGUACAACAAUGCUGUAGGUGAUUUCUUAGUGGAAGACAAGACCAAGGCUCUGCUGAAGUUUGAUGGCACCAUCACCUGGGUUCCUCCAGCUAUUUUCAAAUCCUCCUGCCCGAUGGACAUCACCUACUUCCCCUUUGACUACCAGAACUGCUCCAUGAAAUUUGGCUCCUGGACCUACGACAAGGCCAAGAUCGACCUGGUGCUCAUUGGCUCAAAGGUGAACCUUAAAGACUUCUGGGAAAGUGGAGAGUGGGAGAUCAUUGAUGCACCAGGUUACAAGCAUGACAUCAAGUACAACUGCUGUGAGGAGAUCUACCCGGACAUCACCUACUCCUUCUACAUCCGCCGGCUGCCACUCUUCUACACCAUCAACCUCAUCAUCCCCUGCCUCCUCAUCUCCUUCCUCACAGUGCUGGUCUUCUACCUCCCGUCUGACUGUGGGGAGAAGGUCACCCUGUGUAUCUCUGUGCUCCUCUCCCUCACUGUGUUCCUGCUGGUCAUCACCGAGACCAUCCCUUCAACGUCACUCGUCAUCCCUCUGAUCGGCGAGUACCUCCUCUUCACCAUGAUUUUUGUCACGCUCAGUAUUGUCAUCACUGUCUUUGUGCUGAAUGUCCACUACCGCACCCCCAUGACUCACACAAUGCCAGAGUGGGUGAGGGCGGUGUUCCUUGGGGUGCUGCCCAGAGUGAUGCUGAUGAGGCGGCCUAUAUACCAAGGCUGCUCCUCUUCUGCCAGUAUCACAGGAGGCACGGGAGGAGCAGGAGGGGGAAGCAGCGGAGGGAACAAGAAGAGAAAGAACAGCCUGGGAGGAGGAAGUGGCACGGGAAGCGUAAGCGUUGGAGGUAUCACUGGGGGUGUAGCGUGUCCACCGCUGGAUGGUGGUGCAGGUGGAGGAGGGGCCUCCUCAGCUGGCGGCUCCAUGAACUGUGUGGAGUAUGGUGAAAUGAACCGUGACAUGAACCGAGAUAUGAACAGAAGGUGCCCCUACAGAGGCAAGGAGGUACCGACUCCUGUCCCUCCCCCAAUGGUGCCCCCUCCUCCUCAGGCACACCAGACCCAGGGGCCCCAGGAGUCGGAGCUGCCCAAAGUACCGAGGCCAUUGAGUGCCCCAUCGCCGGUGAAUGCUGUGGUUGCCUUCUCCGUGGUGUCACCAGAGAUCAAGCAGGCCAUCGAGAGUGUGAAGUACAUUGCCGAAAACAUGAGGACUCGCAACAAAGCCAAAGAGGUGGAAGAUGACUGGAAGUACGUCGCCAUGGUCAUAGAUAGGAUCUUCCUUUGGGUUUUUGUGACAGUCUGUGUGCUGGGAACUCUGGGACUCUUCCUUCAGCCACUCAUCAGCUUCUUAAAAUGAGACACUUUGGUCUUUGUCUUCUUUCUCUUUCUCUUUUUGUCUAUCUCAUCCUGUCUCUGUAACCCACUUGAAUUACUGUGGGAAUUAUCCUUCCUGCAGCUCUCUCACAUCAAACACUGGACUCUCUUUAUUUCUCCUUUUCUAUCUUUUUUGUCCCUCGUCUUUCACUAUCUUGUUCUUCUGCGGGACUCUUAUCGUCAGCCAUCACUUCUUAGCCCUCAGCUGUCUGUUUCCUCACAUGACCUACCCAGAUUACCCCAAUUAUCCUUUGCCUUACCCCAUCAAUGCACAUGCAAGGCUGUUAUCCAAUUUCCUCCUCUACGUCACUAUUUUUUCAGACAUCUCAUCAGACAUCACCUUUCCUUUCUUUGUUUUUCUCCUCUCCUGUGCCAUGCUAUGACCUCCCACUGCCUAUAGCUUAUAGCUUAUUUCUCUCCAUCACUCUUAUCUUCAUCUCACCCACUGUGUCCAUUCUACUCACUCUAUGUGCUUUACUGAAAAUGUCAACUAAGUCGUUGUUAUUGUACAGUCUGUACAUUUUUUUUAUUGUAAUUACUAUAGAAGGCCCUCUCAGAAUGAAAAAACAACAAGAAAGAAAAAUCUGAAUAUAGACAUUGAGAGUUUUACAGUAGCACUUUGUCAUUGUAAGUCAGUGCAAUAAAGACAAUACGCUUUGGAGAAAUGUGGUACAGUACUUUUUUUUUUCAAUACCUGCAAUCACCUUUCUUGUGUCUUUGUACAAAUCUCUGUAAAAUACAAGUGAGUAAUGCAUGGCCUCUGAGAAGGACACUGGCUAUUUCUGUACACACAUGAUACUAUGUUUUCCACAUGUGGUCACAAUAAGUAUAAGUAUGCAUCGCGCAUGAAUUCACAACAGUGCAAAUGUACAAGGUAUAGAGACUCUUUGUAUUGCACAAUGUAGAUUAAAUCUGUAAAAAGACUU